UUGGAGGUAUCAUGCUCCAUUGUCAGAGGUUAAUGCUCGGCCACUUUUGAAGCAGGAAAGUGAGGAGGUUAUUCAUUUUGACAGAUCAAACGUGCCAAAUCUUGUGCAGGAGAUUGAACGGAAGCUUCAAAAAAGCAAGGUGGAAUGCAUGAUUUGCUAUGAGAUGGUGGGAAAAUCAGCGGCAAUAUGGUCUUGUAAUAGCUGCUAUGCACUCUUUCACCUACAUUGCAUAAGGAAGUGGGCACGAGCUCCAACUUCCAGAGAUUUGUCUGCUGGGCAAAGUCAGAGAUCGAAUUGGAGAUGCCCAGGUUGUCAAUCAGUGCAGUAUUCAAGACCAGAGGAUCUUCAGUAUUAUUGUUUCUGCGGAAAAAUGCAAAACCCAUACAAUGAUUUCUAUCUGACUCCACACUCAUGUGGAGAGCCAUGUGGAAAAUCACUUGAUAAAGGGAAGGAAAUGUCUCGUUGCCCUCAUACUUGCACACUCCUAUGUCAUCCAGGCCCUUGUCCUCCUUGCACAGCAAUGGCUGCACCUCAGCCAUGCCCAUGCGGUAAAAAAACAACUACAAGAAGAUGUUCCGAUCAGAAACCAGCUGAAUCAUGUGGACAAGUGUGCGAGCAGCUUCUUACCUGUGGUCGACAUCUUUGUGAUAAAAUAUGCCAUGAGGGUCCUUGUGGUUCAUGCACUAUUUUAACAAAUGCCUCAUGCUUUUGUGGGAAAAAAGAGAACAUGAUGCUUUGCGGGGACCUGGAGUUCCAUGGAGAAUUAGAGUGGAAAAGUGGUGUGUAUGCAUGUGAGAAUCUUUGUAUGAAGAUGCUCUCGUGUCAAAAUCACAAUUGCAGCUUGGGAUGUCAUCCAGGAGAAUGCAAAGAAUGUGAUUUAUUACCUGAGAAGUUAAAAACAUGCCCCUGUGGUAAAACACAAAUACUAAAUGAAAGGAAGAGUUGCCUGGAUCCUGUGCCAACAUGCUCAGAAGUAUGUGAAAAGCUUCUUUCUUGUGGGAAACACAAGUGCAUAUAUUCUUGUCACCAGGGCAUCUGCCCUCCUUGUCUGGUUUCUGUGGAUCAGAAAUGUCGAUGUGGAUCUUCUUCCAGAAAAGUCAGUUGUUGGAAAACAACAUCAGAAACAGAGGACAACAAAGAAUUUUUGUGUGAAAAGGUUUGUGGACAGAAGAAACACUGUGGUAGACACAGAUGCAAUGAAAAAUGCUGCCCUCUGUCACAUCGAGGUCGGUCUGAUAUUCAAACAGGUGACUGGGAUCCACAUUUAUGUCUUAUGCCAUGUGGGAAAAAGAUGAGAUGUGGUCAACAUUACUGCCAGGAACUUUGCCAUAGUGGCUACUGCCCCCCAUGUCUUGAAACUAAUUUUACUGAUCUCUCUUGUGCAUGUGGGAAGACAUCGAUUCCUCCUGCAGUACCAUGUGGAACACCUAUUCCUUCAUGUGCAUAUCCUUGUUCCAUUCCUCAGCCAUGUGGACAUUCUGCAACUCAUAAUUGCCAUCUUGGAGAGUGCCCUCCUUGUACAGCGAGUGCUGAAAUUACUUGCUCAUGUGGUCGAAUGACAGCAAAAGUUCCAUGUGAUGCCGGAGGUAACAAUAUCAGAGCUGAUCCAGUCUUUGAAGCUUCUAUUUAUCACAAAUUGCCUGCUCGCCUUCAGCCAACAGAGUCACAUUUGACCAGAGUUCCAAUGGGCCAGAGAAAGCUUGCAUGUGAUGAUGAAUGUGCAAAGUUGGAGAGGAAGAAGACUGUAGCAAAUGCCUUCGACAUUUCAACGAGUGUCGAUCUACAAGAGGUGAAUGGAAAAACAUCAGAAAUGCUUGCUGACUUGAUUCGGAGAGAGCCUCAAUGGGUCUCAGAUGUUGAAGAUAGGUUUAAAUAUUUAGUUCUGGGAAGGACAAAAAUAAACACAAACGGUAUUCGUGUCCACAUUUUCAAUGCUGUGCCAAAGGAGAAAAGGGACAUAUUGAAGCUACUUGCAGGAAGGUGGAAUCUUUCUGUAUUUUGGGCUGGAUGGGAACCAAGACGCUUUUUUAUUGUACAGGGCACACAAAAGUCAAGAGCCCCAGCACGCAACCUGUUACUUAAUGGUCCAUUGCAAACCACAGGGCAGGUGCAACCUCCCAUUUUUAAUUCAUUGGUAGACAUGGAUCCGAGGCUUGUAUUUGCCUUAUUUGAUUUACCAAGAGAAACAGAUGUCAGUGUAAGCUCCCUGAUUCUGAGAUUCGGUGGGGAGUGUGAACUUGUUUGGCUGAAUGACAAGAAUGCAUUAGCCAUAUUUACAGACAUGACAAGGGCUGCAACGGCUAUGAGACGUGUGGCCCAUGCAACUGCAUAUCAGGGUGCUGUCAAUCAAACGAGCACACCAAUAGGUUAGUUGUU